CUCGCCGCGCGCCACUUCAGAUAAGUUCUCUGAGGCCGUGUGUCGGUUCGCGGCGGGUAGCGGCGCGUUGCUCUUAAAUUACAGCCACCAAAUGUGGUUUGAGUGAAGAAAAACCAAUACCUGUGCUCACAGGUCUAUGGCCUCCUGAAUCUUACUUUGUGCGUGUGCGUGUCUAGAAUAGUCUACAUUGGACCUCUGGUCGCUGAGGGUGUUCCCUGUGCUUCUGCUCCCCCCUCGUGCGGCUGCGCGCGCCGGUGUCUGUAGACCGACGCUGUGGAGCUCAUCGCCCGGGGACGGCGAGGCCAUCAUGUCUCUGAGCAGCGCAGACUCCUGGCCCGAGGGCUCGGCGGGACUCGAGGACGAGAGCUUCGCGCGCGACUCCGGCGCCACCGUCUGCCUGGACGACAGCCUCACCAGCCUGCAGUGGCUCCAGGAGUUCUCCAUCAGCGCCGGCGGCGGCCAGGUGGCCCCUCUGUCCGCCCAAAACCAAAGCUAUGUCGGGGGCCACCUGCGGAUGGCGGGGCCCGACGCCCCGGCGUCGCCCAUGGCGGCAGACCCGGCCUCCAUGGGCACGCCCCACACCCCGAGCAAGCCGACGUCGGCGGCUUUCUGCAGGGGCCUGUCCCCGUCGGCUCUCCCCGGCCCGGCCGCCUACGGCCGCUGCCCCGAAGACGUCGACUACAAGAGCGACCCUCACGUAAAGCCGCCCUAUUCUUACGCCACCCUCAUUUGCAUGGCCAUGCAGGCCAGCAAGAAGUCCAAGCUCACGCUGUCCUGCAUCUACAAGUGGAUCAAAGAGAACUUCUGCUACUUCCGCCAUGCGGACCCCACCUGGCAGAACUCAAUUCGGCACAACCUGUCUCUGAACAAGUGUUUCAUUAAAGUCCCGAGACAGAAGGAUGAGCCAGGAAAAGGGGGCUUCUGGAAGAUUGACCCCCAGUAUGCUGACCGACUGCUGAGUGGUGCCUACAAGAAACACCGGCUGCCCCCAGUGCAGAUCAACCCCGUUCUGCAGGCGAGGGUGAAGCCGGCACCCCUUGCCCUCUCGGGAUUCUUCCCUGCCGUAGGUGGACAAGGGACCCUGUCCGUCAGCCCAGAGUCUGUGCAGCUGCUGCAGGACUUCGAACAGGCCACAGGUGCGGAUCAGAACUGGGAUCCAUCCCUUAGCUCUGCUGCAUCCAGAGCGGGAAAGAGAUGCAGUCGUAAGAGGAAGAGGACCCAGGACAGGGGGCUCAAGUACUUCCGCCGCUGCAGCUCCCCAUUGCUGUCCGGCGAUGAGCAGGAAGGCCUGGGCCCUCUGAAGGGGGACUUCGACUGGAAUGCCCUGCUGGACCCUGCGUUGACUGGGGAGCUGAGCCUGGAUGGCGCUGGGGAACUGAGUCCCAUAGGGCAUGACGAGGACCUCAUGGUGCACGGCACUCGCAUUGGCCGUCCACAGCAGUGGAGCCCCCUAGAGACCAGCAGAGAUGGCGAGGAAAAUCACGUUUUGUCCCAGACCCAAGAGACCAGUUUAGACUUUGAUGAAGAAACAUUUCUGGCUACUGCCUUCCUUCAGAAUCCCUGGCAGGAGGAAGAUGAUGACAAAAGAGAGCAGAACCCACAGGUGGAUUUCCUCUGCAGCUCUGCAGUCAACAUUGAGCAACUGUUUGACCUCAGCGACGAUCUUAGUAAUAACAUCAGCUCUUUCUUUUGAACAAGAAUGCAGGCCAACCCAACAAGGUCUCAAGUGGAAUCGAGAGGAGAGAGUGGACUGCUCCACCUUACCUGAGAACACUGAAUUUUCAUUACCAACACUUGCAUGUCGUUCAGAUUAUUUGGAAAUUCUGAGAUGUUGUCAGUUUUAAAGAAACUUUGAAAUUAUUCUUCUCUUUGGACACAAAAACAUAAAAACUGCCAGUGAGAACUGAAGAAAAAAAAAAAAAAAAAAAAUCUUUUUUUUGUUUUGUAACUCCAGUGUGGCAUAUUGUUAGACCUGGUGAUUGCUCAGACAGUGACUUUCACAGAAAGCACAAGUUCUGCCUCAGGAUAGGACCACAGUGUAGCAGGAUCCUCUAUUGGGAAUAAGCACGGUGAGGUUCAACCUCAUUUACAAGUUGGCUUAGUGUUGUCGAAGUCCAGGAGUUCCUGCGUUCACAUCCAUCGUUUUCCUAAUCUGAAAGUUAUGUGUUUUUCAAAUUUAUCCUUAAAAAAUCCAUGCAUCUUUGUGAUGUGUAACAUUGGUGGUUACAAUACUGAGCUAAGACUGGCGGAAAGGUGAAAAAAUGGAAGCAGUCCAGUCAAUUUCCAGCAUAGUCAGUGCAGGCUCUGUCUUUUGGGCUUCAGUAGACUUUAGUGUGGUGUGAUGAUGGGUGGAGAGCAGGUAAUUGGCAGAAGCAGGAAGUGCCGGGAGCUACAUCUUGACGACCCAGUUAGAGGCGUUGCGAAGGCCUUAUUGUUACUGUGCAUUGGCUAGCAAACUCACUCUUAAAUGGCUCUCACUAAGUGGACUGGAACUAAUUCUAAUCAUUUACUGACAAUUGGGUAAAUAUCAGGUUAAGUUUAUGCGUUUCACAACAGUUAUUUGUAAGAGUGUAAUUCUAUUAAUACCGAGGAUAUGAAAAUAUAAAUAUGUGCCAAAUAAUCAUAGUUUUGAAAUGGCUGAAUAAUGAAUAAUGUUUUUA